AUGGCGAGGGAUGGAGAAGCAGAUGUCGAUGAUGGCCCCCACAAUGAUGGGGAGGAGGGGUUUGGAGGUAAAAUCGAGUCUCAUGGAAACUCGGCCUCGGACCCUUCGGACUUGAGGCUCGUGUUGCCGAAGUUUCCAAAGAGGGAUGGAGCAGCACCAGCUCUGCAAGAACCUCAGAGGAGCAAUGAGCACACCACAAAGCCGACCCAGACAACUUCCUAA